UGACUGUCAACGUGACUGUCAAAUCUGUGUCAAACAAAAUAACCCACGUUGGUUUGUUAUUUUAUUACGGAAAAUAGUGUUAUUUCUUAAUUAAUUUAUUUAAUUCUGUGAUAUACGAACAAUAAAAAUGGCUAAAAAAGGUAAAAUUAAGAUCAGUAAGGUGAAGAGGAACAACCAGACGACGAAUAAGAUGAGGAAGAAGGGUCAGUUAAAGCUGCAGAGGCACAGAACUCAUGUUCAAAAGCAGAAGCAACCUAACCAGCAACCGCAGAUAGAAUAUAGCAGUGAGAGCGAGCCUUCUGGCGAUGAGUUCGGAGACAUGCUGGAUGAUGAGGAGCAGCAGUACCUCAUGAGCCGGCUCUCCAAGCAGCCGUCGUUACUCGCCAAUGUGCCAGAGAAUGAGAAGCAGAACAAAAGGUCACGAAAACGCAAGAAAGAGAAAAAAGAAAAGUUCCCCAAGAAAAAACCAGCCAGUGACAGUGGGGCAGACAGCGAGGAGUUGUCAGACAGUGAUGAGUCAGACAGUGAGGUGGAAGAGAAGUAUGAAAAGGAACAGGCUGAGAGGCCUGUCAAGAAGAUGAGGCCACUACUGCCUAUUAAGACUAAAGAGGGAUUGCAGGAGAGGGCGGAGGAAUGUGAAGAUACCGAUUCAGAAUCGGAAGAAGAAUCAAAACCCCCACCUAAAAGGAGCAAACAGGCAGACCAGCAAUCUGAUGAUGAAGAUGCCAGCUCAGACUCAGGCAUGGAAGGCACAGAGGAAGAUGAAACACCAGCACCUGAUGGUGAAGAGAAGGUGGUGACCGCUGUGGAGCUGAUGGCUGCUAGGAGGGAUAAGCUGCAGCAUGAUAAGUUGAGGAUAGGAGCGUUAUGCUCUUCACUGCUUGAGAGUCCAGAGAAGAAGCUAAAAAACCUAUUCCCAAUCCUAUACUUAAUGGAAGAGAAACUAAAGGAUGGCUCAUUAAACCUGCAUUCUAUUCGUAAACUGGCCACCGUGUCCGCCUUCGAAGUCUUCAAGGAUAUACUGCCAGAGUACAUGAUCAGGCACCAGGAUUACUCUAAUAUUAAAUUAAAGAAAGACACACUAGCACUGUACAAAUACGAGAAGGAGCUGUUAGAGUUCUACAAGAGAUAUCUGCAGCGACUCGAGAAGGCGGCCGGCGUUUUGCGACGGAAGAAAGGAGAUACCAGGAAACUAGACGAGCACACACUAAGCCUAGCCCUAGUCUCGCUCCGCUGCAUGUGCGGGCUCCUAGUAGCCAGGCCGCACUUCAACUACGCGACCAACAUCGCGCAGAGCGUCAUACCGCACCUCGACAGCAAGCACGAGCCAGCCAGGCAAGCUGUCACGCAGUGCUGCACUAGUGUGUUCGCUGAAGAUAGUAGGGGCGAUGUUACACUAUCUGUAGUACGCCUAAUAAACCAGCUAGUAAAGCGUCGAGGCGAGCGCCUGCACCCCACAGCCCUGGACUGUCUGCUGACCCUCAAGAUACGAGACGUCGACAUGGACGCAGAGGCUGAGAUCAAACACAAGAAGAAACAGGACGAGAAGCAUAAGAAGAGGAUUGUUAACUUGUCUAAGAAGGAGAAGAAGAGAGCCAAAAAGCUAAAAGAAGUAGAGCGCGAGCUUCUAGAGACUCAGGCCACAGAGAGCGAGCUCGCCAGACGCAAGCAAUUGACCGAGGUGACCAAGACGGUGUUCCACAUCUACUUCCGACUGCUGAAGACUGCGCCGCACUCCAAGCUGCUGGCUUCUGCGCUUAAUGGACUUGCUAAAUUCACCCACGUAAUAAACCUAGAAUACUACUCCGACUUAGUAGCUAUCCUGGGCACGCUGAUCACGGACGAGAUGCUGUCAGGUCACUCGCGGCUGCUGUGCGUGCGGACUGUGCUGUGUGUGCUCGCGGGCGCGGGGGACGCGCUCAACGUAGACCCGGCUAAGUUCCAUGCGUAUCUGUAUACUUGUAUGCUGGGGGCUCAUGCUGGUAAAUCUCACGGCGACGCGAAGAUAAUGCUGGAAGCAGUGACGCAGAUCUGCGCCCGUGCGCGUCGCGUGUCUGCCGGAGUGCUGCAGGGCUUCGCCAAGCGACUCGCCACGCUCGCGCCGCAGUUACAGCAUAAUGGAGCCCUCGCUUGUCUCGCGUUACUGCAUCAACUUGCUCAGCAAAGCAAAGCCGUGUCAACCCUACUCGAGGCCGACAACGAGGCGGGCGGCUCAGGUCGCUUCGACCCCCUCUCGCCCUCCCCCGAGCACUGCAACGCUCACGCCGCUCUGCCCACCGAGCUGUGCACACUGCGCCGACACUACCAUCCCACUGUGAGGGCAGCCGCUACCGACGUGCUGAAGGGAAACUUGAUACAGGACCUGCAUAAAAUGACACCAUCUCAAAUAUUCAAAGUGUACGACGGAUCAGAGAUGGCAUUCAAGCCAGCCGUGCCGCCGCCCAAGAAAUCUGACUCCAAGAAGACAUCUACCACACACGGUUGGGCGCAGCCAGACUUCAAAGAAAUGUGUCAAGCGGUCGAAAGUAGUGUACAAAUGGAUAUCAACAAAAGAUGAUCUAAUAACACUGUUUUAUGAAUA